AUGCGCGUCUUCUUUCUUUUAUCUGUUGCCGUUCUCCUUUCCUCCGAGACUGUUCUUUGGGACUGUGUCCCUGAUUUGAUGUGUAUCUUAGGAGGCUGGUGCACGGAAAGCGAACGAUUGUGCUUACAGCCACCAGGCUUGUUAGAACCGAGUUGCUGCUACCGAAAACCCAAGUGUUUAAGUGGAUGGGAAUCUGGAAUAGAAAUUGAUAAGGACAUUAUUAGAUGUAAUACGGCCAACACUUCUCUUGAAGACUGCUGUGCAACAUCAGAAGAUUACCCGGAAUGCCAGUCGAAUUCGGAUUGCGAACCAGGACACUUUUGCGACAAUCUGGUUAACAGUAAAGCCAAGAUAUCGAAUCGAACAGGAUGCUUCAAUAGUGAGUUUCCAUUUACCUGA